ACCUGUGCACAAGCUACAGUCUCUUAAAAAGGUGCUUCAGAGUGAGUUUUGUACAGCAAUCCGAGAGGUGUAUCAAUACAUGCAUGAAACGAUCACUGUUAACGGCUGCCCAGAAUUCCGUGCGAGGGCCACAGCAAAGCUUAAGGAAGGAGAAUGACGUCAUUAAACUCACUAAAUGUCCAUUUGGCACAAGCAAACCUGCGGCUUCACUGUAUCAAGUUCUACAUGGUCUCUGGUACAUCCUGCGGAUGCAAAAGAACCCAUGUCCUCUGGAGAGCGUGAGAAUGCAUUUACACAGGUCAAAAGCCUCCGAUGUAAGUUAGACACGAAAGGCUUCACCUGACACCAGUGAGCCAGAGAUCUUUGUUAUUCAGCUGGGCAAUGGGUAAUUUGCUUGGUGGCAGGUACCGCUUUUGUUCUUUAAAGGAUCAAACCCAGGGAUUACCGAGGUCUCCUUGGAAAGAGUACAGAAAGAGGAUCGUGACAUUUUCUGGAAGAUGGAUCACUAGGAAAUAAUAGUGGUAAUCUGAAGUCGCUCCUGCAGCUCCGCACCUCCUAUUGUACACAUAGAGAAAUGUUUUAACAGAAUGUAACUUUCUCCGUAAAGGGCGUGUAACUUCCUAAUAAUGAUACCAACAAGUGAGAAUACUCAAGACUCUUUCAUUCAACUCCUUUGUGUUCUAUCACCUGUUCUUUGAUUUCUCCCCCGAUAUUUUCAGUCUUCAUCCUGUAACUAAAUAAUGUGGAUUUUUAAGUUUCUUUCUCCCUCCCUAACCCCGGCAAACAGAGGGUAUGAUUACCAUUACAUCAUGCUUUGCUUGUUCUGAAGUGGAACACAUGCAGAAAAAUGAUGCCUACACGGUUUAAUUAAGGGGAAAGUGAAUUAUGUAGUGUUUUACCAUUCUCAUUUCUUAUUCAUGUAGAACAGCAGGACAGCAGCAUAAUGCUGCAGCGGCACAAUCUUUUCUGGUUGUUUCUGGGCUGUCUGCAUUGCAUCCAUGUCAGCCAUUGAAAACCUUUGCAUGGCAGCAGGGUGUGCAUGUGCAAAUGCAUGUAGCUAAAACCAAGCCAUUAUCUCCAUGUCGUUCACUAUCGUUCAUUAAAUGCAGGCAGUAGCAUAAUGCCAAGUUGAUGUGAUAAUGUUGUGUGUGGGAAAAGAAGGUAUGGUAGUUGGAAAUCAAUAUUUUCACAGUGUUGAGAGCAAAUCACUUUGUGCUAGGCAUCUAAUCAGCUGUGGUUAAGGCGAGCUAAUGGAAGUGGAAUACAAGAAGAGGGCAGAGAAUCUUUUCUUGAUUGAAACUACUAUGCUAUUCAUACUGGGUGGGAGCUAAUGGCAACAGUUGCAGCCUUUGCAGCCAGCGAAGGUCACUCCCACCCUCGGGUAGUCGAACUGCCAAAGACUGAUGAAGGCCUGGGUUUCAACGUGAUGGGAGGAAAGGAACAGAAUUCCCCAAUUUAUAUCUCCCGAAUCAUCCCCGGAGGGGUAGCUGAAAGACACGGAGGGCUCAAGAGAGGCGACCAGCUGCUUUCAGUGAACGGAGUGAGUGUGGAAGGGGAGCACCACGAGAAAGCUGUGGAGCUACUCAAGGCUGCGAAGGACAGUGUGAAGCUGGUGGUCAGAUACACCCCAAAAGUCCUGGAGGAGAUGGAGGCUCGUUUUGAAAAGCUGCGGACAGCCCGGCGCCGGCAGCAGCAGCAAUUGCUCAUUCAGCAGCAGCAACAGCAGCAGCAGCAGCAGCAACCACAACAAAACCACAUGUCAUAGGCCGUGAAGAAAAGCUACCAGGUCAACCAUCAGACAGUCAAAAAUUUGAAACCGUGCUCCAGAAUCCCAGCACAUAGAAAAGGAAAAGGCAACACCAAUAACUGCACCCGUCACAAAGCUGUGAACACGUGCUGUCUCCAUCCUUUACCACGGCAAUUCAACAUCUUCCUCCUCUGGGUACCAGCCCCCUGCUCAUCGCUUUUUACCCACUCAGAUCUUCCAUUCACAGCAGUGGAAACUCCCAGUGUGUUGAGGGAGGGACUUCUCCAGUCUGCAGACUGAAGCAGUGUAAGAAUAAAGUCUGUGACUUUUGAACAAAUCACCAGGGCUAGGAUUAAGUGAUUCUUUAGUCUGAGGCUCUUCCGGAGGUUAGCGAACCCUUCAUUAGGCUAUAGUUCAAACUGCAUCAGUUCAAGGUUGUGGCCAUUUGAAAGGAACUUACACAUUGUCCCUUGCCCUCACCCGUUUCAUAGUCUAUAUUGCUGAGCUGUCCGAAUUGGAAUUUGAUUUAGUUAUAAACCCAACCUCCAUUCUCCUCUUGAAAAUGGCAAGUUCUUAUCUUACAUAAUCUCUUUAGAACCUGGAACCAGUUGGCUUUCUCAUUUUCUGUUUUUAUCCAUUUCUGAGUGUCUUAGCAGAGUAGGAAAUUUUAGCUGAACUUUUAAUUUUUAGAAGCAAGAGUUGGAACUCAACGCUGUGCUUUUUGAAAAUUUAAGUAUUGUUUAUAUCUAUUAUUAAUUUCAACAGAGUAUAAUGUAUAUUUUUUCCACAAAAUUCUUAAGACCAGAGUACACUUGCUCUAACUUGGUUCUUUGUUUACCAAGGUUUACCGCUCUGGUAAGAGAUUAUCUUCACUUUAUGAACUCAUCCUCAGUUGAUAAGUGUAACCAGCCCUCCAUAUUUUCUUGUUAAAAUUUAUUUAUUUUUAUUGAUAAACUUUGGAGAAGUCUAAACCCAUCCUGCACACAUUAGUGUGCUUUCAUAGAUAUCUAUUUGAUAUUUUAAAUCUUGGAGAUUUAUAAAACUGAAUUAUAAUAGGUACACAUAGGUAUACAUUCAAGGGGAUAUAUCACAGAAAGUUCUGAUUAAUUUCCCUAAAUACAAACUGUAUAUUUUUGACAGUCUAGUAUCAAAGGUAUUGGCCCACUUACAUUGAGGUAUGUGAAACCCAGUGGUACCAGUAUUGUGAAUGACAGACGCUGCUUCCUUCAAAGGGAAAUCUGUUUUAGUUUGCAUAUUCCCACUUGUAAAUACCCAAUAAGGUUUUUCAACUUUCACAAAAAUCUGUUAGGGCAUCCUGGACACAAAAUACAUUUUUUAGUUUAGAGUAAAUAUAGGCCCCUAAUAUGGUUUUCCAUACUGUAAUGAGAAGGAAACUUUAACUAUCUGAACAUGUAAAUACCUUAAGCACAAAAAUGUACACACACACACACACACAAAAGAAUAACUGUCUAGUUAAACCUAGUUGAACUGUUGAAAUAGAGUCAGAUAUUUUACUAUGUCCAAUUUUACAAGCAGAAAAUGGUUCCCCAUCAAGACACAACAAAUCUGAUAUUUCAGAUAGUCCUCCAACAUAAAAAAUUUCUGAAGCAUGGCUUACAAGUCAUCUUUUUGAAACUAAACAAAACCAAUUAGAUUUGCCCAGCAUGUUUUAUUUCACACUGUUGGGUGGCACUGUUGUCAGCAGAAAUGCCUUACUGCUCUAGGUAGUGCAUCACCAACCAGGGGACAAAGAGUGAGAAAGCCAAGAGCUACACCAGUUCAUUUCAAGACGAUCCUGUUACGGUAACAGCUUCCCAUCCUGAAAAACAUCAUUUUUUACAGGAGAGAGGUUGGGGGAGGUGUCAGCAAGAGCCAAGAAUGUUAUAUAAAAUAGGUCAAUAAAAGGGACAAGCAUGACAAAAAGAACGAAAUGGAGACUAUAUGAAUAUUAUUCAGUUUGAAAGAUAGUUCUCAUUUUUAUAAGAAAAAAAUAAUAAACCUAUAUUUUAGUUAUCAUUUAACAAAGAAAUAUUAAAGCUACUCAGAAGAUGCCACAACACUCUCAUAGAAGGAAGUCAUCUUACCCUUACAGUGAGAAAAUGGUCAUUUCAAUGAGUUUCAGUACCUUGUAUAAAUUUGGAGCUUAAGAUGAGUACGUUUUCACGUAGCUGUUAAGCAUUUAGUUAAUCUCGAAGUCAACAUAUGGUUUCCCAUCAAUACGAGUAUUGUCAGAAACAGCUAUGAAAUAAGCAGAUGCUUUCCACUGUUGUUUUCUAGAAGUCUCUGUAUUUUAUGCUUCAUUCGUACAGUGUGUCGUGCUGAUAAAUGUAUUCCAGGAUGUUUGUUGAGAUGAAGCAAUCCAUCAUACCUACAGAAGCCAAGGAUAGGUUAUAUGUCUUAGUGGGUCUCACAUACAAAUGGCUGGUUUACUUCAGUGAAGUUCAGCUUGUUGAAAUGCAAGCAUUUCCCUAAAAUUGUAAUCACGAGUGACAUCCACAAAGACUUACAGUGCCACCGAUGGGUCUCUGAAGUUUCAUUGAAGCAAGACGGAAAAGGAAGGACAAAUCUACCACAAUUUGGCCUGACAUUCUCUAUUCCUAAACAUAAAGCCAUUGACAUGUCUGAUGUCAUCCGUUCAAAGAAAAAGGCAGAAUAGACUACUCUUCCACUCCGUUCAAUACAAAUAUAAGAAAUGUUGUGUGAACAGUUAGGGAGAAACGGCUCUGACUUCUCAACAGAUAUCUGAUGAAGUGAAUCUCAGUUCUUUCCCUGGGUCAAGGUGGUUAGGCAGUGCAACAAACCUCUUCUGCGCAUUUUCCCUGCUGCAAUUUCUGAGGCAAGCCCAGAAGGUAAAAGAAUUACUGAACCUCUUCAUUGGAGCAUUUCCAUUUUGAUUCUGUCACCAUUUACAACGGGACAACUGCAGGGGGAUAAUGAGCCUAAAUUGCAAUCGACUUUGGAAGAAUAACAGACUUUGUCUUCCUCAAUCAUGUAAUCAAUAGGGAACUCUCUAGCUGUGAGAGCCACCCCUAUCUCUUAAGACUAUGCUAAGAUCUCAAUGAAAAGUCUAGCAACCAGGGGCUUGUUAAAAACUGGAGCUUGUAUCUAAAGAACUUAGAGACAAAUUACACUCAUUUACAAAUGAGGUUCUCAAACGUGACACCAAGCUGUUCCUAUUUCCUUUACGUGGGUGCACGUUCAGGGCACCAAACGUGGUACUUUGCUUUCUGCAUCUAUUACUAUCUAUGGGUGUGUGAAUGAGUGCCUGGAUUUUUCACCUCUUAGCAUGGCUUUGCUUUUAAGCACUCAUAGAUGAUAUUUAAGAGGAGCUUAUGACAAAAUUGUGACACAGAUAAAGAUCAUUCCCUGAGGAUUCAGCGAACCCUUUAAGUAAGACCUUUCCCACAUUCUGUCCUUAUUUAGAUCCCAAAUAAGACCAAGGGAUGUGACUGCAGCCCUGUGGAUGAACUGGCACACUGGGGGGCACUCAAUGACUAUUUGUUGAAUGAAUGAAUGAUUGAAGAGGGGAUAUAUGAAUUAAUUUUGACCUGACUAGCAUAUUAAUUGGCACUAGAAUUUCAUGUGUCAUAGUCAGAGCCAGGAUUUUCUCUAAGAUAGGAUCCGGAAUCAAAUUACAUGAACUAUCUCAAAGAUUUAAGGACCUUUAAGUCAGGGGAAAUGCUUGGGAAUUCAGGUUUACAGAAAUUUAUAAAAGUAGAAAAAAAUCUCUCUAGUUCUUUACAAAGCACUUGGACAACUUGGCAUGGGUGCUUCAAAUAUGGAACUUCAUUUCCAAAGUUUACAGAAGAUCAUGCUUUAGUUUCUUUUUGAAAAAAAAAGUUAUAUUGUCAAGCAUAUUUAAUUCCCCUAUGAUAUUUCUAUUUGUUAAAACAGUCCACGGUCCAUGAAAACAUCGUUUCUAAACUAGCUGCCUUCCAUGAUUACAUCCUUCAUCUUUCAUUCCUAGAAUGUACCUGAGCUACAGAUUGCUGCCAUGUCACCCCCAAAACCUCUCCAUGGAUCUAAUUAUUUAACAGAUAUUCCUGUGUCGCUGGUGCACGCUAGAUUCUGGAAAUGCACUGCGAAAGAAGACAAAUGUAAUGCCAUCCUAAGGUUCACGGUGAGGAACUCCUUAGCGCGUAUUCUGGCCAAACCCACUGGGUCCUCUUUCCACAUGCUAGAACAACUGCAAACCCUCACCCCGUGGGAGACAUGAAAUAUUUCCUGCGUAAUUUAUGUGAGCUUGCUUUUCUGAACAUACCCCUUAAAUGUGCCACAUCGUUUAGCCAUAAACCAAAGUUACAACCCAGUGACGUAGGCAGUUGUGACAGUCUUAACCAUGCAGUAGUACUUACCAGGCUGCAGCUUGUGUGCCAAAUGCUUUCACAAACCCCUCCCCAGGACAGCUCUACUCACUGGGCUCUAUUUACACACAGGAAAACAAAAGCACAGACUGCAUGACUUUGCCAAGGUCACCUGAUUAGCUUGUGGAGUUGGGACUUGAACCCAAGAAGCCUGACACAAUAGUUCAUGUGCCUAACUAUGAUCUGUGGGCUGUGGGAGCACUAGUAUAUUAAUAUGGAUGAGUCAUUGUAUAUAGAAUUACCCUGAAUUUGCAAAGUAGCAAAUAAAAGAUGUUAGUAAAUUACAACUCAUGCUAGUCAACAAAUCACACCAGAAAUAAAAACAAAACAGGGUGAGAACCGAAUCUUACUUCAUAGCAUUCAUUUAUGAACAGUACUUCAAGCCAGGGACAGGCAUCCAGGUUCAGGUCCAGAAAAUUUCUAUUUGUGAAAACGUUUCAAUGACUUCAGACGUAUUUAUUGUCAGCCACUGUGUCUAUCUGGUGCUACAAAAAACCGAAAGAACAAAAAUCCCUGCUCUAAGGGCUUCUACAUACACAGUGCAGAGAUGAAUCAAGGAUAUUUCAUCUUUAUAGGGAAGCAUUGGCCAAUUGUAUCCCCCCCCCCCCCCGUUGCAUUGCAUGUACAUCGUGUCUUUCCGAUUGUUUUUGUUGUUUUUACGAAAGAGCUGCAAAAUUGUGCAGUGGUUCAACCUGACCAAAGUGGUUUUAUGCUGCUGGGAAGUAAACAUAUUAGACACCA